GUUGAAUUUUUUUUGUUGUAACUUUUGCUGUUUUUGUUUAUUAUGCAUUUGUUUGCAUAUCAGUUGUUAAUUAAAUGGAUGCCACAAAUGCAACAGCAUAACUGAGCACCAAAAUGAAUGCUGCACAAUUGCUAUGGCUCUGCCUGUGCCCGCUGCUCCUCCUGCUGCAGCAAUCGACCUUUGUUGUUCAGGCAAUGUGCCCCAAAAAGUGUAGCUGCAAAAACGUCUCAGAAAACAUUCAAACAUUGCGAGUGAGAUGCGAUGAUCAGCAUAUUGUUAACUGGAAUGAGCUCAACUUUGGCGAUGAUGUGCAUAUUAUAUUCAGCAUCAACGCCAGCAAAAAUGCAAUUGCACAAAUCCAAGAAAAGGAUUUUCAAAGCUUUACAGAGCUGAGACGUUUAGAUUUAUCCUCCAAUCUGCUCAGCGAACUGGACAAGGACACCUUUGGCAAUAGUCUGCCCAAUGUGGAGCGACUGAAACUGGCCAGCAAUUCCAUAAGUCACAUUUAUGAAGGCGCCUUUGAGCUGAUGCCAAAACUAAGGCAACUGGAUUUAUCCAACAAUCCGCUGGCCUGCGACUGUGGUCUCAUUUGGCUUAUUGCCUGGUCCAAUGCCCACGAAGUUCGUCUGCAGCCGGCGCCCAAAUGUGAUUCCCCCAUCAAUUUUCGUGGUAUGCCGCUCAAGAAACUCAAAGUGGGCAUCGAUUUUCGGUGCGAAUCGCUGCUGCAACCGCUGCUGGAACUGGUGCCCAAACAGAAUCAGAUUGCCUUUGAGGGCGACGAGCUGCAGCUGAAGUGCUAUGCGCCACGUGUGGCCAUUGGAGCACCUCGGGAAUCGGAGGAUCUGCCGACACGUGCCUAUGUCUUCUGGGGCUGGUCGGACAAGAUACGGCAACAUAACUCCACGGAUGACAUUAUCUAUCGGGAUCCGACCAAGGUGUUCAACGAUGUGAAUCUGGAGACGCGACAUUCCACGGAUUCGGGUAUACUCAACUCAAUACUGCGGAUUGGCAGUCUGACGCAGAAUCAUACGGGAAUGUGGGACUGCACAUUGCGGAGUCAACAGGCGAAUCUGUCGCAAUCGAUGGUGUUGCAUGUGGUGGCCAAGGGAACACUGUACUGUGAUGCCAUUGUGUCCAGAACGAACAAGGGCAUCUAUCACUGGCCACGCACCAUGCGCGGUGAAACGGUGCUCCAAUCCUGCGUGGAGGAACCCAGCGACAUGUCCCUGCAGCGACGUGCCAGCCAUGAGUGUGCCCACGAUGGACAUUGGGUUAAUCUCAACACGGAGAGCUGUGUGUAUGUCAGCGAAACCACACGCAUCUUGGAGCAGUUUGCCAAGGUGAAUCUCACGCUGACCAAGGGACAGAAUGCCUUGGAGAUAGCACGACGUUUGCACAAUUUCACCCAGAUACAAACGCAGCUGCACAAGAUCCGAGAUCCCAUGGAUUUGGAGUAUAUAGCGCGCACAUUGCUCAAGUAUCUGGAACAGCUGGAGGCACAUCAGCAGGAGAUUAGCUAUCUGCUCAUGGACAUUGUCUCGCAGCUGUUGACGCUGCCCGCGCGUCUCUUUGAGGCAGCACAAUUGCAGCUGGCAACGGGACACAAAUUGCUGCACAUUGUGGAAUCCUCGGCACUGAGAUUGGCCAGCUCGGCAGCAGCAGCAGCAGCUGUGGGUACACUGGAGCAGCAGCAGGAGCUGAGCGUGUGGCGGCGACAGCGUAAUCUCUUUGUGGACGUCUUCCACAUCCAACUGGAGCAAUUUCUGAGCAUGUCCUGCGUUUGGCUGGAAGGUGGUCAGCGCGGAUUGCAGUGCAAUAGCGCCAAUGACACCAUACCCAUGUAUGAGCACGGGGAUAUCGAUGCGGCCAUACAGCUGCCCUAUCAGGUGCUGCAGGAGCAGCUGCCUGGCAAUAAUAGCAAUCGCAAUUUACGUCUCAUGAUCUCGCUGCAUCGCAAUGCCAAAUUGCUGCCCAAUCUGCAGUCGGAGCACAAUGAGACGCUCAGCUCGGUGAUCAUAGGUGCCAGCUUGUACACAGCGGAGGGAGAGCCCAUACAGAGUCCCGUGGAUGAGGCGGGUCUGGAGGAAAUGGCACAGGAGGAUGUCUAUCAGCAGCGUGUAACCAUUAUGCUGCGUGCUCAUCCGUAUCAUGAUGAGCGUAGUGCUCCCAUGCCCGCCUGGUGGGAUGAGCAGCUAAAGGCAUGGAAUCCACAUGUCUGCCAGCAGCAUUAUCAACAUCGCACGCUGCUCAUGUUCAGCUGUCGUCGCAUCGGUUACUUUGGCCUGCUGCAGCGUGUGGAGUUCCUCAAUGACUAUCGCAGUGAGCUGGCUGGAGCACGCUUCCGGCAUGCUCCAUGGGCCAUCUAUGUGGGCUGUGGCGUGCUCUUUGCCAGCUGCUGGUUCAAUAUUGUCACCUUUGUGGUGUUUGGCGGCGUCAUACGCAUCAAUCGUGUGCAGCGUCAUGCCUUGGUCAACACCUGGCUGGCUCUGUCCACGCUCUGUCUGAUCUUUGUGCUGGGCAUCUAUCAGACAACGCAGCUGUUGCAUUGCCGGCUAAUUGGACUCAUGCUGCACUACCUCAGCCUCUGUGUGCUGCUCUGGUUGUGUGUGAGUUUGAGCAGCAUGUACAAACGUCUCACAAAAACAACGACGACAACAACAACUGGCGGAGCAGCAACCACUUUGCCAUUGUCUGGCGCAUCUCUGGCUGGAGUACAGCCGUCACAACUGGAGCCACAUCAGCGUAAACCCAUACUGGGCAUCUAUCUGGUCGGCUGGGGCAUUGCUCUGCUCAUCUGUGGCAUCUCCAGUGCCGUCAAUCUCUCGGAAUAUGCGGCCUACAAUUAUUGUUUUCUGCACAACACGACCACACUGAAUGCCUUGCUUGUGCCCGCGGCUAUACUGCUAAUCUUCAGUGGCAUUCUGGCAUUGUGCAUCUAUUAUCAGCUGAGUCAGCAGGCGGUGAAUGUGCUGCAGCAACAGCAGCUGCAGCAGGGACAACAUCAGCUGGGACAGCGGCAAUAUUCGGAUAAUAAUACGCAGGCCACGGAGCACAUUGAUCUGGAUUGGCUGGACGGGAAUGGUUGUGUCGCCGCCGGCAAACAGGAUGCCAGCAGUUCGGCGCUGCAGCUGCAGGAGCAAUAUAGCACGCUGUCCAAUCCGCUGAGCAGCAUUGUCGAUGAUUUUGAGCGCUCCAAUAUGUCGCAUCUGCGUGGUCAUCUCAUCUUUGUGCUGCUCUAUGUGUGCGUCUGGUUAACGGCUGCCUUGUAUGUGCACAGCGAGCAGCAGCUCUAUGUGUUUGGCUUUGUUGGCAGCUGUGUCUGCUUGGCGCUCUUCCUGCUGCUCUUCUACAAUCUCAGUCGGAAUGAUGCGCGUCAGGCCUGGACACAGCAUCGUUUGCUGCGACCCAGUCGCCAGCUGGUGGCCUACAACAAUGCGCAGCAGGGCAGAGCAGCGGGCACAACUGGCGUGGCAGCUACUGCAGCGGUAGGAGCUAGUGCCGGCGGCGCUGCCAUGAUAAGCAACUCCAUAGUGGCCUACAAAGCCGCCGCCACCGCCGCCGCCGCCGGUGGCAGUCUGUAUGAGCCCAACAAUUCGGCGGGUUCGCGCUCCAACAGUCAAUGCUCCAACAAGCAGCGCAGCAACAGCGCACGCAGCAUGCGCAGUCAGAGCCGGAGCAAUGGACACAUGGAUGGCACCACACAGCAGCUGUUGGGUGGCGGCGCAGCCGGAGCCGGAGCAGGCAUAACCAUUAUCAAUAACAAUGCCACAACACAGGCAAGCGUAGCAGGCUUAGGCGGAGCCAGUGCCUCACAGCAUGCCUUGCUGCAUGUGGUGCCGGGACACGAGAGCAUACCCAGCGCCGACAUCUUCUACAAUCCCAAUCAGAUCAAUGUGGCGCGCAAAUUCUUCAAGAAACAGAAGCGUCUGGCCAAGCGCAACAAUUUCGAGCUGCAGCGUCAGGCGCUGCCACAGCAGCUCCAACUCCACAAUCACAAUCACAGUCACAGUCUGAGUGAUGCCAGCUCGGAGCAGCUGUAUGCGCGUCAUCACAAUGCCAUGACCUUGCUGGCGGGUGGCAGUAAGGUCAACAAUACCAAUCUGCAUUACAAAUCGGCGCUGAAUAAGGAGUCAAGCGUGGAGGGAUUGCAGUAUAAGCGCUUUGUGCCGUCCAACAAUAAGAUCAACAUCUAUACGAACAUACCGGAGACAGUGACGCCACAGCACGAGGUGAUCAAGCUGCGUGGCAGCACGACAAGAACCCGUACUCCCUCGCUGCUGGACGAGACGCUGCAUGAGCAUGAUGAUGAGCUGCUGACGCAGCAGGAGGAUGAUGAUCAGAGCUCGCUGGAUGAGCAUGCGCCGCUCUAUGCCAACACCUGUCAGCAGACGGAUAUCUUUUGUAAUCCGCCCGUUAGCUCCACGCCGGUGAAGCAACCCAGCUUGGAGGCAAUGAAUAGCUUGGGUUUGCCAGGUGCUGCCGUGGAGCAGCCGCUGCUGCAGAAGCAUGAGAUCUAUGUGUCCAAUUCGGUGCAGGUGACCAAUAGCAUACGGCUGGAGGAUGACUUUCCCAGCGUGCUCAUACGCUAUCAGCAGCAGCAACAAUCGAAAUCGCUGAACAACAUUAGCGACAUACUGGCAAGCACACAGAACACGGAUAAUCCGGCGGCAGUUGCUCUGGAUUUGGUGGAGGGCAGUGGGCUGGGCUCAUUGGCGGGCAGCAGCGCCAACUCGAUGCUCACACAGAUGUACUCCUGCUCCAGCAGCAAUCUCACCCAGCUGCAGGCGAAUCAUCAAGGCAAUAAUGCUACAGUUCCAGCACAUUUCCAGCUGCCAAGCGGCAACAGAUUACUCUCGGCCAGUCCAACGAAUGAGAGUGAUUUGAACUAUCAGAACUCGGAGAUUAGCAUACGCAGUCAUGGCCUGUAUGCGCCGCAAGCGGACAAUGAUUUGAAUCUCACACUGACCGAUGACUUUCGCUGCUAUCAAUCCUCCAAUGCCAGCGAUGCGGAUGUGGAUAUACUGAAUGAGUUCGAUGAUGAGUUUGUUGCCUAUGGCGCAGCUGGAGGGGCAGAGAUCGAGGCAGAGCAGCAGCAGGAUGCGGAACACGAACAUGAUGAGGAUGAGCUGGCCAUGAACAACUCCAUUGAUGAGCUCUAUGAGGCCAUCAAGUGUCGCAGUCCCUUAAAGAAUUGCCACAAGCCAGCACAGUUGGAGGCGGAGGGCAGCAGCUCGACAAGAUUACGCCAGGCGGAGACAAGCACAGAACCAGUAUCAAGUGGUAAACUGGAGAAACUGAAUCUCAAUCUCAAUCUGAAUCUAAAUGAAACUGUGGAGGAUGACAGCAGCCAGAGCAGUGUUAUAUCCUAUAUUGAUCCUAGAGCCAACAACGAGCACCACAACAGUUCCCAUAACAAUCCCAGUUAGCUGGGAGCUACACUAAAACCUACAGAUACUAUAUAGUUAUAGACCAAGUUAAGGAUUCAACAUGUAUCUACACGGAAAUAGGCAAUACAAAUGUAAAUGUAUCUAAAAGCUCUAGAGAGCAAUGACAAAUCUAUGUAGGCACACUUAAGAUGCAUAUAGAUAAAGCUAGAACUACAAAGAGAUGAAAAAAUAGCUAGCUAUACUUAAAAGAUCUAUUAUAGAAUAUAGAUAUGUUUAGAUAAAGGCCUAAAAAACAUACAGAGAUACAUCAGAUAAAGAUAUAGGCCUAUAACAGUAUACAGAUAUGUCUGCAUAUACCUGAUCGAUCUAUAAAGGUAUAUAGCUAUAUCUAGAUACUGAUUUAGAUCUUUAAAAAAUCUAGAUAAAGCUAUAGCUCUGCAAAAGUAUAUAGAUAUAUCUAUAUAAGCACAAUGAUAAAGAUAUAGGCCUAUAACAACAUACAGAUAUGUCUGCAUAUACCUAAUCGAUCUAUAAAGGUAUAUAGCUAUAUCUAAAUACAGAUAUAAAUCUGCAAAAGUAUCUAGAUAUAUCUAUAUAAGCACAAUAAUAAAGAUAUAGGCCUGUAACAGUAUACAGAUAUAUGUGCAUAUACCUGAUCGAUCUAUUAAGGUAUAUAGCUAUAUCUAGAUACAGAUAUAGAUAUUUAAAAAAUUCAGAUAAAGCUGUAGCAAAAGAAUUUAGAUAUAUCUAUAUAAGCACAAUGAUAAAGAUAUAUAACAGUAUACAGAUAUGUCUGCAUAUACUUGAUCGAUCUUUUAAGGUAUAUGGCUAUAUCCACAUAAGGAUAUAUCUCUGCAAAAGUAUCUAAACAUAUCUAUAUAAGCACAAUGAUCUAUACUUUUGUGUACUAUAUAGAUUUCCAAAGAAUAUUUGAUAAACUUUGUAGAUCGUAAUAUUGAUAUGUUGAUAUAUCUAGACAACUCUAUAUAACUUAUUUGACCCAACUACAUAUUACGAAUUUCUUAAUUUAUGUUUAAGCUCCAGCAAAAUAUUUUUUUUUUUACAUUUUUAAUUAAACAGUCAAAAAUGUAGUGGGUCAAAUAAGCUGUGAAUCAAAACAGGAUAUAGUUAGUAUAUAUUGUUUCAAUAUUAAGCACUUUGACCAAUAUAUAGAUACAUUUGCAGCUAUUUCUAGAUACACUUGAACCUUUAACUAGAUAUGUUAUAAAUUUUAGGCAUAUACCCUCAAUAGAGUCUAAGCAACUUUUAUAUAGUAAUAUAUACAUUAGAUUUGUACUUUUUAUAUGCUUUAUAUAGUAUAUAUAUCUAUGUGUAUGUCUUAAGAAUCGCGCAUCGUUCAUCUGCUUUAUAUAUAGUAUACAUAUGUACAUCCAACUAUAACUAUGAAUUGUUCAAAUACACGCCCAUUCACUUGACUUAAGCAUAGGGAUCUUUUAGCUAUACUUGUAUUUAUUAUGGCCUACACACCUAGUUUGUAAGCGUCAUAAACAUAAUGAGAUUAUUAUCGAUCGAAAGAACCACCCACAACGA